CAGCGUUCUGCUGCUUCUCUUAACUGGUUGUCAUUCCAACUUUACCAAACCAAAUCCCAAAUACAUAAAAAGCCCCACAAAACCACUUUGAAAUCACCUUUUUCCCAUUCUGUAACUUCCUUUUCAUUUUCAACUCCUUCCCAGUUACAUAUUCCAUUCUUUCCAAUUAAUCCCAUCCAUUUUGCUUUAGUCAUAGUCAAAUAAAAGCGACAAAGAAAGAAAAAGCCAAAAUCUUGUUCGUCAAGCCCAAUAUGCUUUCCUGAAAACCAGAAAAGAAAAAAGAAUGGGUUGAAGAAACUUGGAACAAGAAGAAGAAGAAGAAGAAAAACGGUGUCGUGUUGGUAGGAGAAGAUGGUGAUAAGGAAAUUAGGCAAGUAUGAAGUAGGGAGGACAAUAGGGGAAGGAACAUUUGCCAAAGUUAAAUUUGCACAGAAUACGGAAACUGGUGAAAGUGUUGCAAUGAAAGUCCUCGAUCGUAGUACUAUCAUCAAACACAAGAUGGUUGACCAGAUAAAGCGGGAGAUCUCCAUAAUGAAGCUUGUUAGACAUCCAUAUGUAGUUCGAUUACACGAGGUUAUAGCAACCCGCACUAAGAUCUAUAUUAUCUUGGAAUUUAUUACAGGCGGUGAACUGUUUGAUAAAAUAGUUCACCAUGGGCGAUUAAGUGAAGCCGAGUCCCGUAGAUACUUUCAGCAAUUGAUUGAUGGAGUGGAUUAUUGUCACAUCAAAGGAGUCUAUCAUAGAGAUUUGAAGCCUGAAAAUCUUCUGCUAGAUUCCCAAGGAGAUCUGAAAAUAUCAGAUUUUGGACUUAGUGCUUCGCCUGGCGAAGGAGUCAACAUUCUUAAGACAACAUGUGGAACUCCCAACUAUGUUGCACCAGAGGUUCUUAGUCACAAAGGUUAUGACGGUGCUGUGGCAGAUAUCUGGUCCUGUGGUGUCAUCCUUUAUGUUCUGAUGGCAGGUUAUCUCCCCUUUGAUGAGGUUGAUCUCACUACACUGUACGCGAAGAUUGAAAGAGCAGAGUUCUCCUGCCCAUCUUGGUUUCCGGUUGGAGCAAAAUCACUCAUUUCUCGAAUUUUAGACCCAAAUCCUCAAACACGUAUUCGGAUCGAAGAGAUCCGCAAUGAUGAGUGGUUUAAAAAAGGUUAUGUUCCUGUCAAAGCUAUGGAGUAUGAAGAUGUCAAUUUAGAUGAUAUUAAUGCAGCCUUUAAUGAUACUGAGGAGGAGAGACCCAACGAGCAAUGUGACAAUGCGGAUGCUGGGCCUCUGUCUUUAAAUGCCUUCGACCUUAUUAUUCUCUCUCAAGGAUUGAACUUAUCCAUAUUGUUUGAUCGCGGGCAGGAUUCAAUGAAGCAGCAUCAAACACGCUUUCUUACGCAGAAACCAGCAAAAGUUGUUUUAUCAAGUAUGGAAGUUGUGGCCCAAUCCAUGGGUUUCAAGACCCAUAUCCGCAAUUUUAAGAUGAGGGUAGAAGGUCUGUCCGCGAACAAGACUUCACAUUUCUCUGUAAUUCUGGAGGUGUUUGAAGUUGCUCCUACAUUUUUCAUGGUAGACGUUCAGAAAGCAGCUGGUGAUGCUGGCGAAUUCCUUAAGUUUUACAAGAACUUUUGUGGCAAUCUGGAGGAUAUCAUCUGGAAGCCAUCAGAUGAAACAUGCAAAUCAAGGGCUACAAAAACAAGGAGUAGAAAGAGAUGAUAUUCGUGUUAAAGAAUCUGUUUGUAAUUUUGUGUUUGUAUGAAGUUUACAGCAUGUUGUAAACUUUUAUAGAUUGACAUCUAACCGUUGAAGCCACGAUAGGCUGUGAGUACUCUUUAUAGUCGAGCCAAGUGAGGGCUAAAGCUCCCACGCUUUCCCCAGAUUUUGCAUCAUUAAUCAUUUCUAUGUGGUGACGAUCUAUCCUCUUAGAGCAAAAAGUAAACAUAUAAAUACUUUUAGAGAAGAGUUUGUCAAGUUGAUACAUUUGACCAGCAUCUGCGAAACAAUGCAAUUUUCUGGUUUCAUGAAAUUUAUGAGAACAGCUGAGGCAAUUGUUGUGAUA